AUGUCAGAGAAGAAGCCACGAGGUUCAGACACACGUCCCAAAAGUGGCCUCCGCAGCUGGAGUGCAGACAGUUAUGUCUGGCGGGGGAAGAAACGCUCACGGAGCUCUCGAAACGGGUCAAGUCCUGGAGGGCUCGAGAUGGAGGGGACAGAGGAGCUGGGUGUACGAUCGACAUCCUGUCCAAGGCGGCGCAGAGAGAGAAAGUGUAGCUGCAACACUCUUGGGGAAGCAUUGACGUCUGCAGACAUUGAUGUAGUGUGUCGGAAGGCCUUGACCCGCCGCUCUCUGAGGCAGAAGUUCCAGGAUGCUGUGGGCCAGUGUUUUCCACUGCGCUCUCACCAUCACCACCAUCAUCAUCACCACCAUGCAUUGGGCUCCUCGCGACCCUUCUCAGUGCUGUUCUGGUCCAAACGCAAGAUCCAUGUCUCAGAGCUCAUGCAGGACAAGUGUCCCUUCUCGCCCAAGUCUGAACUGGCCCGAUGUUGGCACCUUAUAAAAAACCAGGCCACCCACUCAAAUGCCCUCAAGGACAUGGAGGCUCCCCUCAAACCCAGUGUCUCCUCCUCCUCUACCUCCCCACCACAGACGCCUCUCUCCUGGGAUGACAUCUGCUGCUCUCCUGGAACUGGAGGCACUACUCUGGAGGACUGGGACCCUUCUUGUCCUCAUGGGGGAGCAGAGGGCAGCUGUGGCCACACUGACUACAUCCUGGUACCGGAUCUCCUCCAGAUCAACAACAGCUCCUGUUACUGGGGUGUGUUGAACCGCUUUGAGGCAGAAGAGCUCCUGGAGGGCAAACCAGAGGGAACAUUUUUGCUCCGAGACUCUGCCCAGGAUGAGUUCCUCUUCUCAGUCAGCUUCCGUCGCUACAGCCGCUCCCUGCACGCACGCAUCGAGCAGAACGAAAAGCGUUUCAGCUUUGAUGUGCGUGACCCGUGCAUGUACCGGGAUCCCAGUGUGACAGGACUACUGCGACACUACAGUGACCCGGCCACCUGCCUCUUCUUUGAGCCCCUUUUAUCCCGACCGCUUCCAAGGACCUUCCCUUUCACCCUGCAGCACCUGUGCAGGGCUGUGAUCUGCAGCCACACCACCUACCAGGGCAUUGACAACCUGCUGCUGCCACCUCAGCUCAGGGACUACCUCCGACAGUAUCACAUUAAGUGUGAUGGAGCCUGCGCUGUGUGA